AUUGGAUUAUGUUGAAUACUAUUCUAUUGGAUUAUCGUUUCUUGUCUUCUUUCGCCAUUAAUAUUUGUGGGUGGUGUUGUUUUUUUUGGUUUGGUAUUCUAUUCUUACGCCAGCGAGACAAGGACCUGCCGUUAAGUGGAAUAGGGCUUAGCGCCAAUGCUUGAGUAGCACAACACUCCAAACACACGUAGCUGGCGCAUAAUAUAAUUUAGAAGCGCUGUACCUUCUCGUGGCCAGCUGACACAUUUAUGUCGACGUACAACAAUAUUCUGCCUUUACAUUUCCACAGAACGCUUCACUGCUCGCUAUGGCUGUCGUGUUGUGCUAUGGUCUUUACGGGUGUUCAGAAGACCGCUGUAACUAACCACGUAUAUAUAUAUAUACAGUCCUACCGGACUCUGCUGAAAUAGGGUCAGCAGAAAGAAAGUAUAACAACUCCACGAAACACUGAACAUGUGAAUGAUAAUUAAGAUUCGAGUGAUGGGAAAGUUAUUUGGAGAGAACUAGAGUAACUGACGGAGAAGUGAAGUAAACAACGAUUGCGUGCUCAAGGGUGCUAGGUCUUCCGAAGGAGCAAUGGGGAAGUUGACGGUGUUUGAAAUAGUCCUUACAAAUGUCGGCGGGAUUUGUCACGCCGGCGGAGAGGUUCUUGGCCAAGUUGUGGUAGAGGUAACGAAAGAUUUACAAGUUCAAGAGCUGAGUGUUGAGUGUGAUGGGCGGUCCCAGGUGUUCUGUAUUGACACGUCCAAGUCGACCGUCAUUGAAGGACACCCGGCUAUCGCCAUUCCCCACGCCGACGAAGAGGUGUACAUCUGUACCUCGACCAUUCUCUGUGGCAGGCAAGGUAAAGAAAAUGGUUGUUUAAGGAAAGGAAGACACGUGUUCGACUUCACGUUCCACAUUCCGCCACACAGCCCGAACUCGUACGAGGGAGAGUUCGGGUAUGUCCGGUACAUGCUGAGGGCGCGGCUCAAGAAAUCGUGGGAAGAAGAAAACGUGACACGAAAAAUCCGAGUAAUCGCCAAGCUCGACCUCAACACCAUCUCCCACGUAAACGAGCAGAUCGAGAGAUCGGAGGAGAUGACCACCUCAUCACUGUUCUCUCAACAGGGUGUGUGUCACAGCGCCCUGCGGCUCGACCGACAGGGCUAUGUCCCAGGAGAGAUAAUCCCGCUCAGCCACAUCGUCCAUAACAACACGGCACGUGAUAUGGUUGUCUCCCUUGAAUUGCGAAUGUUGACGGAGUACCGCUGUCAGACGAUAACCCACACGCUGAAAAACCGACUGCAGACGAUCAAGUACCCGAAGGUUGCGGCUAGAAGUACGUUCGAGCAGCGAGAGAAUGGCCUCAGGGUGCCGGCAUGUCCGCCCUCCCAUCUGCACGGAUGUGGCAUCAUACACAUUACUUACCAAGUCGUGCUGAAGGUGAAACCCGCUCGACUAUCUCUGAAACGCCUGCGGAUCGCAGUAACGAUAACGAUCGGCACAGUUCCCCUACGGCGAGGUUCCCUGGUGACGGCUCUCGUAGGAAACAGACCGUCGGAACGACGCUGGCUAACCAUGCCGCCCCCUACUUACGAAGAAGUGAUGGGUAUGGCCGCUCAAAAAGCGCGGUCUCCACUUCGAGCCGAUUCUCCCAUUCUGACGUCACUUCCGGAUUAUGAGCCACUUCGCGCGCGUGCCAACACGGACUCGAGUAUAGUGAAAGUUCAAAGAAGAUGACAGAAUGGUGGUACUGCUUGGGGCAGUGACAAAAGAAAAAGAAGAGCCCCCCCCCCCCCCCCACCCAAAAAAAGAAAAAAAGAAAAAAAAAAAGAGAUGAGAAAAUCCCUAUCUGACUGUGAUAUUACCAGAAUUAUAGUUGGACAAUGAACAAGAUAACAAAAUAUGUUAUAAUUAAGAACUGUGUUCAUGUAAUAGAAGCACAAAAUAAGCAUAAAAAUACUACAUUAAUCAUGUGACACUGCAAUAAAUAAUAUGUAAACAAAACACCCACCACCCACAAACACCCCCCUCCAACCCCCCCCCCCAUGUACAUGAUUAUGUUAAUCAUAAGUUAACACCACAUAUAUAACAAUGAUAUCUAUGUAACACUGCAGUACAAUAAACGUGACCAGUUUUGUUAAUCAUUUGAUACCUCCAUGUAAUUAAUAUGUAAAUAAAUAAGCUUUUUCAAGUGAAACCACACAAUAAUAAAAUAUGUAAAGACUA